AUGGACAACUUGAGAGACCUCAUCGCCAAUGCUGAGUUUCUUAGGAGAAAGCAUGUCGACCUACGGAUGAGGGUGGCCUAGGUAUUCGGCGCCCUCAAGAUGUACUCAACAUGCUUCAAAAGAAACUUGUUUGGAGGAUGAAGACCACACCAUUGGUGCUAGGCUCUUUUGUGUCAACCAAAUAUGGUGAGUGGGCUCGACAGCCGGCUAACAUCAAAGGAGUCAAACGAUAGGCAGAUUGGCAGCGACAUUGGUUAGAGAUGGUGCCCCUUAUUCAUUGGCGAGUAGGGUGAGGCGCGAUCAGUGCCUGGGACGACACUUGGCUAGAGGACGCACCAUUGGCCAGUUUUACCACUUUCACAUCCUCUUGGCCUCGCUUGACGGUAGCCCAGCUUCUCCAAGGAGACACUCGUCUACUUAUUGAGAGGCAUGGACUACCGUCGGACUUAUUACCAGCCAUCACCAUGACUAAGACGAGUUUUACUGAGGACCAACCCAUCUGGACACUUACCGUAGAUGGCAGUUUCUCUUGUAGCUCCUCUUGGGAGCACUUUAGAAACCGCUCCCCAAAGACAUUUUGGGGAAAUCUCAUAUGGCAUCCGGCCAUCACACCUCGUGUUUCGUUCUUCCUAUGGAAGUUCAUGCACCGAGGACUACCCACCGACGAUCGAGUGAUUGUCACCGAUCAAGAGGUGGAAAGGAGAUGUCAUUGUUGUUCCAUCACGACGGACGAAAGUAUGGAACAUCUAUUUUUUCAUAGUGAUAUCGCUGUCGAGUGUUGGCGUCAACUUCUAACGAAUUGGCUUCCAAUGCUCUCGUACAGACCUAUGAGACCACCACUAGAGGUCUUUAGGAGAGUCAUUGACUCACCGACGAGUGUCAAGCUUAGUCCCUUUAUCCGUAUCUCCAUAGCAUAUAUGUUAUGGGAAAUAUAGAAGGGACGUAACUCAUCUCGAUUUGCAAGCCAAGUGAUGCGUGUCACAGAGAUUAUGAGGCACGUAACACAAUGGCUUCGAAGUACUCAUUCCUUAGUGCCAAACAAAACGAAAUGCUCGCGUUCUGUUUGUGAGGCUUUUGGGCUUUGGGGACUCCAUAUCAUACCUACACAGACCUGGACUACUAUCCGAUCUGUUAGAUGGACACCACCGAGGGUUGGGCAGUGGAAACUCAACGUCGAUGGAGCAUCUCAAGACAACCCUGGACCAUCUAGAGGAGGAGGUAUUUUAUGUGAUAGUAUAGGAUGCAUUCUCUUUGCUUUUUCGAACUUUUAUAAUAUACGAACUAAUACUGAGGCAGAGGCUAUGGCAAUACGGGAUGGUUUGCUUCUUUGUGAGGAGCAAAAUAUUACUAAUAUUGUCUUAGAAUUUGAUUCCAAAGUGUUAGUGGACAUGUUACGUGCAGACUCUUGUCCUCAUUGGAGGCUCAAGAAUAUCUGGGCAGACAUCAUGCGAUGUCGAGGACGCAUCACAACCAUUACGCAUCAGUUUUGAGAAGGGAAUCAGAUAGUCAACGCCCUUGCUAUGCAUGGAGUCAAAUCGCGUCGGAGGACAGUCUUCUCUUUUUGGCAGGACAUGUCCUUUGCAGCCCGAGGUGCUCAUAGACUUGAGCGACUCAGCAUACCCUCUUUACGCAUACACCGCACUCCACUACCGGCCCCUCCACGGUAGUGGCGUAUUACUUGGAGGAGAUCAGGGGUGGUUACUAUUGGCCGCUGAAGACCACAAUAGAGAUACAGGUACGUGUUUCCUUUGUUUCUAUUUUCAGGUCUAUCACAAGCCACAACCAUGACAUCAUCAUGACGCUCAUCCCAUACCACCGAUGUGGAAUGCACUUUGCCUAUCAACACAAGACGGACAACAAGGCACAUUGUAAUCCGCUCGAGUACACUACUUUCAAUCAUUACAAUUCUCAUAAUCACCUCACAUCUAUUAUCUAUCACCCUCAAGUAGUGAGGACAUAG